AGUCAAGGACGUUUGGGUCCAUGUUCAACUUAUGCUGUCCGGCCAGCUUCGUAGGAAAAAGCUCUUGAGAAGCUGAAGAGGAGAUGGAUUCUGCGAAUACAUUGUGUCUAGGCGGAGAGUGCAAAGGAGGUGUUUUAGCUCACCUGGAAAGACUAGAGGCUCAGAUGAACAGAUCGAGUAGAAGGUCUGAGGAGCUGACAGUUCACACAAAAGAAAGUUCUCUGAGAACCAAGAUUCAUGAACUGCGGAGACAGCGAGAUAAGCUGAGGGCUGAAGUGAAGCAACGUCGAGCCACAAUUAAAGUAUCUUCGGCCAAUGAAGAUCCAAACAGAACAGUGGAGCUCAGUGAGCCGGAGGAUCUGGCAAGGCAAUGGGGAAAUGUGAAAAGCAUUCUACGGGCUUAUCGUUUUACAGGGCUCAGCGGGAAGUUGACCAGCCAUGGAGUCUGUGUGUGCAUCAGCACUGCCUUUGAGGGGAACCUACUGGAUUCCUACUUUGUAGACUUUGUCAUAGAGAAACCACUCCGGAUUCAUCACCAUUCCAUCCCAGUCUUCAUCCCUCUGGAAAAGAUAGCCACAGCAUACUUACAGACUGAUAUCCAGCGCUUCCUCUUUAGUCUCUGGGAGUACCUAAACGCCUACUCAGGAAGGAAGUACCAGAUGGACCUACUUGAGACUGACUUCAGCGCCUUCCUCACUGGACCUUUACAGAGAAAUGCCCUGUGCAACUUGCUGUCGUUUACCUAUGAAGUGGAUCAGGGACGCCAGACCUUUUCCUUUAGUGCCACAUUGCAGUAUGAGAACCUCACAGCAGCUCUUCCCACAGAUGUCACUGUGACGUGUCCAGGGGCAGAAGCAUCAACCACUUGUUGGGAAGAACACAAAGCAGCUCAUGAAAUACUCUUCCAAACCAAGCCAUUGCACCAGGUGUUUGCUUCCUUUUCCAAACAAGUAGAAAUGCUGGAUUUGAGCCUGGUCUCCUGAAACACUUUCUAUGUGGACACAUCUGAAGCGAAUAUGUUCAUGCUGCCUGCAGUUCAGGACCUGUCAGCAAAAGCUGUGGAGGGAGAAUGCUUGCCUGGAUACCAGCUUGCCAUGAGAUUAGAUACCCACUUCAUGGGAAGGACAAAGAGCAUGUUGAGUAGACACUGUGUGACUGGACAGAUCUCCUUGUCUUUAUAAGUACCAGUUGAUUUGAUCAUAUGUAUAUAUUCAUGCUGAAAAUCAGCUACAUUGGGAGUAACUGAAGACAUUUUGUGAGCAUCUGUAGCUUUUGUGGGAGCUAUAAAUCUAUGAUGGGACUUGUAGAUAAGAAGGGAACAUGUAUAAUCUUGGAUUUGGGGUAGCAUGUUCUAGGCCACUAUUUGGUGGGAGAAAGUACUUUUUAUAAUUAGGGGUUCUGUGUACUUAAUAUUUUGUUUCCUAAAAUACCUUGGUUGAGAGCUGACGCAUGAAGUCACUUUGAGAAAUCACCGUUAGGAAUCUGCACAUAAAUCACUGAACCCUC